AUGCUGGACGACUGGAAAGCGUCGACGGACAGAUCUCUUGCCAACACAGAAAGUAUCCUUCGCUCCAUCUCUCAAACCAGAUCGUCGGCACCGAAGAGCAACAGAUCAAGUUCUAUCCUCAACUCGCUUGCUGAAUCUCUUCAGGGCAGUGUAGACAUGUCGGCUCAACCCCUAGACGUGUCGUAUCAGUAUCGUCAACGAUUUACCCUCUCCUCCGAUAUCGACAGGCUGUUUGCAAACGUGAAGCACGAGAUGGAGAGUAAAAGCCAACAGGUGCAAACGAAGAUGGAGGAGUCCAAGAAGGAGGUCCUGACUGAGGUCUCGUCGCGCCUCGUCGGGGUGGACGAGGAGCUCGAGGAGGUGAAGAAGAAGCUGGCAGAGGAGAGAGAAAAGAGGAGCAAGGCCGAGAAGACUCUCAACAAUCUGCUCCGCUGGCAAGAAGAAGUCAGGUACUUCAUGGAUGACUACAGGAGGAAGGUGGAUGAAAUCGAAGAGCACCGAAACAAUGAGAGGAAGGAGAUGCGGAGGGAGAUGGUUAAGAAGCAGGAGGAGGUGAAUCAGAAUCAUGCGGAGCUGAGGAAGGAAGUAGAGCAGCUGCGGAGCAGGUUGAACGCGAAGCAAGUGGACAAGGAAGGCACGGCAGUGCAGGCGGUGCAGAGCAUGGAGAAGAGUAUAGCCGCCAUGGUAGCGCGAUGCGACAGGCUGGAGCACGCGAUGGAGACGCGGGAGCAUGCUCAAAGCGCUCGAGAUGAAGCGGACAAGAAAAUUUCAUCUCUGGACGAAAAGAUUCGCGCGUUGCAGAUCAAAACAAACUAUCAGGAUGAGAAGGAAAGAGACUUGGCCCAGGCGCAGGAGGCAAGAAGUUUGGAGCUUCUGAAUAAGAUUCGACACUGCGAAGACAACAUCAGCUCGACUGCUAUCAAGAUCAAUCAGCUGGCGGAAGACCUUCAAGCAAGCAUGGUGCCGCUGCAGGAGGCAGUGGAGGAGCUGAAGAGCGUCGAGGGGGAGCAGGGAGCAGGGAUGGAGAGGAUGCAGGGGAUGAUCAACGAGGUCGUGCAAGUUAUCGGUGCCAUGAGCGCGAAGAUGUCGCAGGAGGAGGAGCCGGGGAGGAGGCGGACGGGGAGAGAGGAGGAGCAGGUAGAGGAACGUCUGCAGGAGAUGCACAAGGUGUAUGAGAAACGGUUCCAUGACAUCGCUGUGAUGAUCAGACACAUUGGCAUGAGCGGAGGCGGGAAGGAGAUGUUGCUGAGUACGCUGAGGAAGGGAAGGGAGGAGGAGAGCGAGACGGAGAGCGGCGAGUCUGGAGUCGGCGGGAGGUCCCAGUCCCUUGCUCGCAUGCUGGAGGAGAUGAGGAGGAUCAAGGUGAUGGAGGAGUAA